UUAGAAUAUUACCUAAAACAAUUUGUCAAGUUGAUAAGGAUGAUGAGCAUUGGUCCUAUAACCUUCCAAGUAUACCACAAGCGUGUGGUGAAUGUGCUGCUUUUAAUUCUGUCCAGGAUGCUGGUCGUGUCCAGCUUUCUGGCGGAUGCCAUGUAUAUCUGCCAAAACUGGCGACUGGAGCAGAGCAUUCUGAACAUUAACUAUGGAUGCGGGCGGAUUGCGGCUGGAGUGUGCAUCAGCCUGAUGGCGAUUGGACAAUUUGUUGGCUCAGCGCUGAUUGUGACCAGAAAGAGGAUUUAUGUGAGCACGGGUCUGCUUUGGCUGGCGGGUUACCUGCGGAUGGCCCUCAAUCCGACGCAGCGAAACCUCGCCAAGUAUUUUCAGGUGUGCAAUGUGAUCAGUGCCCUGAUGCUCAUAGUGCUGAGGUCUCGACGCACCGCCGUUGUCGCGUUCCUGCUGCUUACCAUCGUGAACUGGAAGGAUAUGGAGCGGUAUCUGUGGAUCGUCUUCUACAAGUUCGGCGAGAAGCUCAUGGCUUAUCAGAAAAACUCCACCGUGGGACUGACGGGCCUACAGCAUGGGGACAUGCAAACCUUGGAUGAUCCGUCUUUGGCCUCGAGGGAAAGUUUCUGGCACAAAGUGUCCGUGGCUGGCGGAUUUAUCUUUAUUGUCGUGAAUGGCCAUCUGAAUAUCAUGUUUUAAACUGUCAGUCCAUUCAGAAAUAAAACCCCUAUAUAUGAUGUCGCAAGAAACCGAUCCGGAACCAAGUCUCGUACCGCAGCUAAAAUAUGAGCCAACCAACACUGACAAUUUCCUUUGCCUGCACACAUCACCGCCUCUCCAGAUCGCUCUGCACGGCAUGUCGGCCCUCACCCACACGCGUUUGUCCAAGAACGCCUUCGAUCUCUGUCUGGAACUGAUGGAGGCGGGUGUCAAGUCGAAGGCCCUGGCGGACAUAGUCCUGUACACACUGAAGUGCAAGAAAGAUGCGAAAUGAUUCAUUCUCAGACGCCAUAAAACUUAAAAUUUCCUACAAACGGAAACGUGCUGAUUAGUCUUAUCGCAUACGACCACCUCAUGAACUCAAACCUCAAGCCGCCUGGUCGCGAUCACUCGAAGAAAUCCCUAUUUCGAUAAGCAAUAUCAGUUAUAAUUCGCACACACUAUUAGCGACCAUCAUAAAUACAUGAUAAGAGACCAGC